AUGGGAACCGUGCUCCAAUCGAAGAGUGCUGUCAAGGCGUUUCUCGCGAGCGGAGGCAACCCAAGGCUUGUCACGGCCAUUGCGAUGUGUAUGGAUGAGUCCAGCGAGCCUGGCGAGUCAUGGAUCAGCAAGGCGCUCGAGGGCAAGCUGCACUUCCGUGCUAACGCAGCGGAGAACCGUUUCGCUGUGGCCAUGUCAAUAGUGGAGGUGGCGGAGCAGCUGCUAGAUAAACAGAAGUAUGUCUCCAACGCAACAGCAGCCCUCAACACACUCCUCGAUUUCUCGCUGAAGGAUGUACUGCGCGAUGUGGCGGAGCAGGCGCGUGCUCUUCUGGCAUCCUCCGACUCACUCUUCCCGCCAGACGUCGAGAACGAUGCCACAGAAUUCUACAAGCGCAUGUACGCUAUAGGAGACCCAACUAUAACGGCUUCACUGGCCUUUAUUGAACAGCUACUGAAGAAUGCCCAACCCCGCGACAAGCAGCUAUACGCCUGCAUUCUAAGUAUCAUGUUCGAGGAGCGCAAUGCUAUUAGCUGCUACCCGCACAAGGAACUUCAAUUGUUCGCCACCCUCUACGGCCAAUUGAUUGCACGGGAACUGCUGCCGCACAACCAGCAACAACGCGCAUGGAGCCUGCUUCUCCCCGUUAUUCUUAAGCCAACGGACCACUUUAUGGAAGAGUAUGGCGUCAUUGCUCUUGAACAGAUUAAGCCGCGUCUUGCUGAGUGGCCUCAAUACGGCCGCGCACUACGCCAUGUGAAGGACCUCGACAUCAAAAUACCCGGCAUCAUGGCCACCAUCAAUCGUGGCAUUAAAAUAGAGGAGACGGCACGGCAGUUGCAAAACCGCCCACAACAACAGCAGCAAGAGAAGCUACCUAAGGAUGCGGAGUCGCUUCUUUCCGACCCUGCUGUGCUGGCGGUCAGCUCGGAACGCCGUGACACGGCAACAGCGGCAAAUGCGGUGGCUGAGCAGCAGAAGGAGCGCACCGCUGCGGCAACACUACACCAGCACGACAUCGGUACGCUUCUGUCGUCGAAUAACAUUACCGCCCCGCCCCGCGUUAUUCAAGAGCAAAUCAACUUCCUUAUUGGUAAUACGGACAUGCACAAUAUUGAAAACAAUGCCCGUGAACUGUCGAAGCAGCUCCGGCCGGAGUACUACGAGUACUUCGCCGAAUACCUUGUGGUUAAACGUGCGGCGCUGGAGCCGAACUACCAUGGUAUCUAUCUUGACCUCUUAGAGAAACUGCAGUCGAAGCAGCUGGAGAAGGCGAUACGCAGCGCGACCGUUUCCUCUAUCAAGCGGCUGCUGACGUCUGACAAGAUCCGCGCCGACCCCGGCGAGCGCAGCCUGCUGAAAAACCUUGGAUACUGGUUGGGACUGCUGACACUCGCGAAGAAUAUUCCCAUCACAGCACAGGAGCUGAACUUUAAGGACCUCAUCAUCAUGGGCUUGCGGGAGGGGAAACUUAUGGCGGUUGUGUCGUGCGUUGCGCGUGUGCUGCACCACUGCAUGAGCUCGCGCUUUUUCUGCCCACCAAACCCGUGGACGAUGCGGCUGCUGUGUCUGCUGUGGGAGAUGUACAACCUGAAGCACCUCCGCGUCACGCUACGCUUUGAGGUCGAGGUGCUCUGCAAGCACAUGAAUGUGACACUAAAGGAGAUAGAGCAGUACUACACUAUGCACCCUAUCCACUCCGUCGUGCAGGUGCGCCUGAUCGAUGUGUACAAGGAGAUUGACAUUCAACAGAGUGGCGACUUCCGCGUCGAUGAGAAGGAUCUCCACGAGGCGCCACAGCUCCCCCAACAGCAGCAACAACAGCAGCAGCAACAACAGCAGCAGCAGCAGCAACAACAACAGGUUCAGCAGGCCCAGCAAGUGCAUCAACCCACGGCACAACAACAACAGCAACAGCAGCAACAACAACAACAACAACAACAGCAACAACCACGAGUGACACGACAACUGCAGGCGAGCGCAGAGCCGUUCAAGCCGAAGGAUCCUGUGUCCGCGGCAAACCCAAUGAUGGCAUUCGACACCACAAUUCCAAGGCGCCCACCAAUUGUCAUUACGGCUGAGACUGUGCGCGUGAGCGAGGAGGACGCCGCCUUCUUUACGAGCCGACUCCCCGCGUACAAGAUAUCGCUGGCCCACACACUGGACAGGGUGGUGCAGGAUGCGAAGGUCACCAUUCAGCGGGUGGCGAUGAUCGCCGCCGUGACGGCGUACAGCAUCGUGACAAAGGAUUUCCUCUUUGACCCUGACGCGGUCGUGAUGUUGCGCGCCGGUGAGAUGAUGGCGCGCUCGCUGGCGGCCAACCUUUGCACCGUCACCACACGCGACGCGCUAGCGGAUUUGCUCAAGAAGCAUGUCGGCACGCUCGCUGAUCACGUCAUCGAGGCGGCCGUUCCCAGCGCGAUGGAGCGCCGCGCCCGUCUCUGCACGACAGUGCGUGACAACAACAUGGAGUUGUGCAUCCGCGUGCUGGAGUACCAGGCGGCGGAGGAGGCGGCGAAGAAGGUGCGUGAGCGGCUACUGCCGGUGAUCAAGGAGAAGAUCGACGCCAUCAACGCACGUGAGCCGCCACGCAUCCCGAAGGAGCAGUACGAGAUGCAGGAGUUCCUCAUGCAGAUGAGCGAGGUGCUGCGGCCGCCACGCUCUGUGCCGGCCCCGCAGCGGCUGGUGUACGAGGAGUUCAGCAACAAUAUGCCUAUCGUAGAGCUGCUGACGGCGUACCUUCGCACAAUUGAGGACGCCACGGUGCUGCAUUACUCCACAGAGAACUGCAAGGUGCUUUCGCUCACAAGCCCUGAGUUUGCCAAUGGUCUCUUCGGGGAAAGCCACAACAUUAUCCGUAUGCGAGUCAUCGGCAUCUCCAACAUCAUUACAAGCGAGACUGCCAUCUACUGUGUCGGCCAUGUGCUGCACAAGCUGAUGGUGCUCGCAGACGCCAUGAAGCAGGCAGACCCAUCAGGAGGGAACGAUGCCAAUGCCAUUCGCCACCAGAAUGUGUGCAGCCUCCUCAAUGAGGUGUACCUUUUCGUGUUGCAGACGUGCUUUGAGCGUGGCGGAGAGUCGGUGCGUGAGGAGCUGACGCAGCUCUACCUUCAGGAAGAACAGAGGUGGCGGCAUGCCGACGUCGCGGUCAACUUGCUACGCAUUAAGGUGCUUAGCGUUGCAAAGUUUGACGACGCCCUUUCGAAGGCGGCCCACGCGAACCCAGAAGGGAAGCCGGUGGUGGACUUCGCCGGACAGGUCAUCUCAAAGGUGAUGAUCCAUGAGAAGCUGCUCGGCACCAGGGAUAUGAAGGAGACGCUAGCGAAGCUGGAAGCGAUCGCAAAUGUGCAGGAAAACUCCUCUGCCUCCCAUCAAGAGGCUCAAGCGAAGCAGCAGCAGCAGCAGGCACAACAGCAGGCACAACAGCAGCAACAACAACAUCAUCAACAGCAGCAGCAGCAAAAACAACAACAACAGCAACAGCAGUCCAAUGUGCAUCAUGCGCAACACCCGGAGGGGGCUGCUGGUGGCGCCGNUGGAAGCGAUCGCAAAUGUGCAGGAAAACUCCUCUGCCUCCCAUCAAGAGGCUCAAGCGAAGCAGCAGCAGCAGCAGGCACAACAGCAGCAACAACAACACCAUCAACAGCAGCAGCAGCAGCAGCAAAAACAACAACAACAGCAACAGCAGUCCAAUGUGCAUCAUGCGCAACACCCGGAGGGGGCUGCUGGUGGCGCCGCGGCAUCGGGCAGCCAUGCAGCACCUGUCAUGAAGACAUAUCCACCGCUUUCGUCGCUUGUGGAGCCGCAAGUACGACGGCUGAUUGUCCCAUCGCAGUUGCAGCGUGA